AUGGCUUUCCCACGGAUCGAAGAGGUCGAAGCCUUGAAAAAAUCGGAGCCUGAACUGGCGCAGGCGCACAUUUAUGCUCAGCAUGUUGGAAGAGCAUCAGAGCUAGGGGGAGGGCUGGUUGAGGAAAUUGCUGAAGCAGUGGAGGAGGCUCAGACCCUGCAGGCAGCUGAAAAAGCAGAGGCCAGUGCUGUGGAGAAAGCAGCACAGGAGGCAGACAAAGCUGUGGAGGAGAGACAUGCGGAAGUGGCCGCGUUCCUCAAAAAGCACGGCUUUCGAAGCAUAAACGAAGCGAAGAGGUCCUUUUUGUCCUCGAGCUACGCCUUGCACCGUGCGGUGAAGCUGGGUGACGCGAGGAUGGUGGAACUUCUUCUCUUGGAUGGAGCUCUGAAAGAGCAGAAGGAGUCGGGACUUCUGAGCAGUGGCAAGACAGCUAUGCAGCUGGCAAAAAAUGGAAAAUAUGCCAACCCUGCGGUGCUUCGUGUGCUGAGCGAUAUGGAAAAUCGCUCCAAAGGUGCGUAA